AAUAUACAACGUGACUGCAUUGACGUAUUUUCGAUCAGUUGGGUUACGUUAUUUUGCGAGUUGUCACCAGUUGAUUAAACUCAUUUUUGUUGACAAAGUUGAAAUUGUCGAUAAUGGUCAAAUCCUUAUUUCCACCAUUUCAAUGCCUGACCCCGACGUUCCCUUUAUACCACCUAAACAAGAACAAGGUUAAAGUUUGCACUCGGAUAUCGUUUUAUGACAUCUGAGUUGAUUUGCAUAGAAACAAACCUGCUUCCUAUAAACUCUAGUUAAGAUAUAUUUGUUUCGGGAAUAAAAGCUCAGUUUUGUGUACGCUAUAUUGAGUUGAUUAAUACGUAAACAAUUGACGGCUUAGUCUAUAGCCCUAUUGGAAGCUUAUGUUGAUUUUCUGAUUAAUCCGCGAUUUCAGUGAUUUUUGUUGGAAAGUUUCUAUGUGAUUUCGAAUAAACACCACAAAUAUCAGAUGCCCUCCAAACAUUAGGUACUCUUCUACGAUAUUUGUCUAACAAGCCAGCCAAAUGCCUAUCGCAAGCGGAGCCUUGGGCAAACCGAACAGUUACUACAAUCAGCCAGAACGCAAUCGCUUCAAGGGCGAUAGAAACAUCCCCCAAGAUGACUUAAAGAAAAGAAAUUCAGACGCUCAAACCAAAUCUAAACAGGCUACAACUUCAAGCGGCUCAAAAGGGAAAAAAGAAGGAUGGAAUAAAGGUGGAAAAAAUAAAGGAAAUAAGAGCAAAGAUGGGAAGAAAGGGAAAGGAAAGUCGAUCUUCAGCUUUUUCAGCAGAUCUAGAUCUUCGAAAGUAACCACGAUCACUGUAACGAGCACCAGUGGCGCCACCACAGCAGCGGCGGUGGGAGGCGGAGGAGCCACCGGGGAGGGAUUGAGCGAAGAGGAGAAGAAGAAACGCAGAAGACGAUGUUGUCUGUGGAUAUUGCUAGCGUUGUUAUUGCUACUGUUACUGGCUGCCAUCAUUAUUGGUAUACUGGCUGCGGUAGGGAUCAUACCCGGUGGACAGUCAAACGAUAAUCCAGUUGCGGUGAACCUGACAGGUACUGGCGUUGACAGGGCCACCUAUGACACCAUAUCCAGCAGCUGUAAGGGUCAGUGGAAGGUCCACUUCCUGGCUUAUAACGCCUCAGAACCUGUUAUCAACAGCACUGCCGCCCCGCCCACGCCUAGCGCAGAUGGCACGGAUUUUGUCUGCUGCUACAACUUCACUGAUUCGCCGUAUUAUAACAUGUCCAUAGAAGAACGACCGCUGAUAAUUGAAAAGGGAAACUGUACUCACAAUGGCGACUGUGAAGAUUUAACUAUCGAAGGCGAAUUUUAUCCAUGUAUCAGCGUAGCAUCGGUUUUGUCAAACAGUAUCGUUGUUAUGAUAUUUGCGUGUUUGCUCUCAUAUCUUUGCUUGAUCUAAAUGUAUAUAGC